AUGAAUCCACAACAGUUCGGUAAUAUGGGAGGCAUGGGGAGGGGGAUGCCAACCAUGGGCAAUAUGGGCAUGAUGGGUGGAAACAUGGGCAACCCAGGCAAUAUGGGAAUGAACACUGGUAUGCCUAACAUGGGUGGCAUGCAAGAACAAAGAAAUCAUACCUAUCUUGCCCGCAUCUACCAAUCAUUGACCAAUUCACAAAACCAGGAUGGUCCUCCUCAGGGUUGGAGAGCUAAUCUAUCAAUUCAAGACAGAGCCGGUCAGGUCAAGUUUCUCUUCGACUCUCUCCGCAUGCUCGGCUCCAACGUCGAUACAUUACGCUCCCUCGAUAUAGCUUUGGCCUUCGAGAAGAGACAAUUCGCCAUGAGUCAAAGUGCUGACCAAUACAGGGCAGAGAUUCGUCAGAAGCUGGCCAGCAUUCGCGACCAACGCCAACAGAAUGCUGCCAAUGGGAUGAUGAAUAUUGGCAUGAACCCUAACAUGCCACAACAGCAGAUGCCUCCUAACAUGAACCAGGGCAUGGGUGGCUUCGGUAAUCUGAAUAUGGGCACGCCUCAGAUGCCCGGUCAACAAAUGGGCCAACAACAAGGCAAUGUGAUGAACGCAAUGAACACUCACCAGAAUGCCAACCCACUCAUGCAGCCUAACAACCCUAACCAGUCAGUUCGUCGGAAUCCAACUGGACUUACCGACGAAGACAACAAAUGGAUCAAUACGCGUGCUGCCGAAAUGGCUAAGAGUACUACUCGGGAUCAAAUGGCACAACUCGUUGACUCGAUGGAGCCCGGAGUUCGAGCUCAUUUGAACGAGAAAGGGAUCGAUCCAAUCAUCUACCAUUUCAGGAUGAAAGCAACUAAAGAGUUCAGGAUGCGACAGACGCAAAACAAUCAAAACGUGCAAAACGCUCAAACCGCUAUGGCUGCAAACAUGAACCGUAUACAGACUCCGAACCCUACCGCUACUGUACCAGUGACACAACCUAACCAAACACCAUUUCUAGGUAACAUCGAUCAAUUUCGCGGCCAGCAAGAGGAAGGUAUGCGUUCACAGCAAGAAGGUCAACUUGUAGUGCCUGCUAGCACUUCGAAUCCUAAUAUGGGUGUCACUAAUGAUCCUGCCGCUCAACAACAAAGAAUGCUUCUAAUGCAGCUUCGUCACCAGAAUCCUAAUGCCUCUCAAAAUGAGCUCAGACAGCUGCUUAUUCAAAAGACCAGGGAGCUGCAAGCUCGUAACCAAGCUCAACGUCAAUUGAAUGCUCAAGCUCAAAUGAUGCAAGGUCAAAACCUCACGAACGGAGUGCCCCAACCUCGAGGUAUAAACACACUCAAUCAGCCACUUAAUCAAAAUCUUUCACUUGACAAUAACGCUCAAAAUAUUCAGAUACCUGUCUCAAGGCCACAGUCUGCACAGAUGGUCAAUAAACCUCAGCAGCAGCAACAGGCACCUAGUGUUCAGGCAAUUCUUGCCAAUUUCUCGACUUUUCCACCUCAAGUUCAAGCGCUGCUCAACGCUCGACCCAGAAGUGAGUGGCCAGCUUUCAUCAUGGCUUAUCGCAAUCGACAAGAACAACGACAGGCGCAGAUGCAGGUCCAGCAGCAGCAGCAACAACAACAAAACGCGCAACAACAGCAACGUCAGCAACAACAGCAGCAGCAGCAGCAAGUGGUCAACAACAAUAUGCAGCGUAGUGUGUCACAGCAACCUCAAAGCCUUCAAGUAAACCAAAAUCUAGGACAGAUGCCCAAUCAGUUUGCGGGUCCCAGUAUGAUGCAACCAUCAUUGUCUGCUGGAGCUGAGGGAAGUUCGUUACCCAACCUGAAGCCGCAAAUGCAGCAACAAGCUAUGAGUCAUAACGCUCAGAAUGCCAUACGGAUGCAGCAGCAGCAGCAGCAGCAGCAGCAGCAGCAAAUGGCUCAACAGAACGCAAGCGGUCAGCAGAUGCAGACACAAGGUCAGAACAAUGCGAGAAUAAACGAGAUGCUGGUUAAAGAGUCAAUGAACAGGGCCUUACCUGGACAGAUUCGAGAAAAGCUGGACGGAUUUUAUAAGCAAAACAAUGUCGUAAUGCCACCAGUAUUGCAGACCUGGGCAGCCUUGAGAACUUGGAUGCAAUCUCAUGGCGGGGUCAAUCCUCCCAUAACCGCUAUCGACACAAUGCAGCUUAACCAUGCAAGGGCGCUACGGCAAGCACAACAAGCACAGCAGGCGCAGGCUCAGGCUCAGGCUCAGGCACAGGCACAUGCACAACAGCAAGCGCAGAUGGCUGGUGCUGGUCAACCCAUGCAGCAGAACGGUAAUGGAUUGCAAACACCAACCAUGCCACAACAGGGGCCUGGAGUUGGUGUUCAGCAAGCCCGCCAAGUCACUUCACAAGCUGUACAGGAAGCAAAAAAGCGAAACCCGAACUGGCAGAAUCUAUCCGAUCAGCAAGUCAAGCAGAUUUUGGAGGAACGGUCUCAAAAAUCACAACCGAUUUCUAUGCCCAAUCAGCCACAGAAUCAAUCACUAGCGGGACCACAGCUGCAAAACAACGUCGUCGCUAUGAAUCAACAAAGGACUGGGCAGCCUGCACACCAGCAGAACCGUCCAGUGCCUCAGAACCAAUCUCAGACUCAACAACAUCCUGGUACUAGCGCAAAGCACGGCGAGCCCAAGAGCCUGAAGAGACCGAAUCAAGAUGACACUCAGGAAGUGCCUCAAGUACAGCAAAGCAUGCCUCAAGGACAUGGCCUGACCAAGGAAGAGUUUGAAAAGUUGACACCCGAGAAGAAAGCGCAGUUUAUACAGGAACAGCGUGAGCAACAAGAGCGUCGAAAACAAGAGGCCGCCCGAAGAGUUGCGGAGGUGAGCAAAGAGGUCACAGCUGGCAUCACACCAAUGCCGCCAAAUUACACACUAGAUCAGGCAACUCGACAGAAGCUCAUCAACAAGCUGACAGAGCCCAAUACGCGGAAAAUUGUCGAAAGAUUCGAUAGCCUGUUACUCACGGUGGCUCAGGUGAACAACGAUACAGAGCAGCUGAAACAACUUAUCCGAUACAAGUGGCAUCUUGUCCAGCAGUACAAGCCCGAAUCCUUCGCAGAUAAAACCUAUCAACCUGCGGACCAUUUCACGUUGACUCCGGAGAAUCUCGAUAGGAUUUUGGUCACAGUAACCAAAUGGUUUCAACAGGCGAUGGCAAAAAGCUCGAACAAUGCUAUGAUCCAGGCGCAACAGUCGAUGCCUCUUACACAGGAAAAUCUCAAUAUGGCAGCCCAGCAGGCGGCACAGCAGCAGAAAGCCAAAGGUCAGAAGUCGAAGGAUGGACCACCACCAGCGCCCACAGCUGACAAACCGCCAUUUGCAUUUCCCACAGAUCGUGGACACGGGACUCCCAAAUACGCAGGGUCUGGUCUUAAGCCUGAAGAUCUCAGACUCCCACCCAAGAAGAAGCCUCGUGGUGAUAAUGCUGCCUCUCCAAUCACACAAUCACCUGUACCACAGCCAAAGGUGCUGCUCAAAUGCAAUUUCCCUGGUUGCAAUGUGCAGCCACAAGGCUUUGCCACAGAUGCUGAACUUGACAUACAUCGGAAUACAAUACACAAACCCGAGAUGGAGUCCGUGAAAGACCCUGUCGGUUUCUUGAACACAUCACUGCAGCAAGCCUUCCACCUUGACGAAGAUAUGCUACCUAGAAAGGUCCCUUCUGGAGCGAAGUCAAUGGAACGAACGCUCAGCCAAAACAUCAAGGAUGAAAGCAGAGCUGCCACACCGGUCGGUAUGGUCAGAACUGGCAGUCAGCUAGCAGGCAAAGUGACGCCACUUCAACAAAGAGCGAGGCAAGGAAUGCCUGCACCAUCGGCAGGGCCCACCACUGAAGAUCAAUGGAGUGAGUCAGCUUUCUCGUGGGACGACCUCAAUACCGUGUUUGGUCCGACUGAUGCAGGAGAUCUUGUUCCCACAACAACUGAUAGUCUAAAUCUUCUUGACAAGACUCUGUCAGCGUACAUGAAGACUGAGGACUACAAACGUGUCUUUGGAGAGUCCGAUGUAAGCGAGAAAUCAUCUGCGAAAAGCAAGAGCCCCGACCAAGGAAGUGAACCCAGCCUUCCUGAAAAGUCUGCACAGAAAGAUCAUGGUCUUUACCAUGUUGACCUGGACAUUGAUGGCACAGAUGCUCUACCAGAUCUCCCAGAUGCUUUCGAUGGACUAUUCGAUGACAAGGAUGCCGAGAGAUGGACUCUACUCGACAAUGAGGGCAGCACAAGUAGUUUCGAGAUGCUUGACAAGAAUGCGGCCAAUGAGUCACAACUAGUCACUGGAGCAGACGCAUUUGAUCUUAACUCUUGGAUUCAGGACGAUGAGAUCGAUCCACUUGUUCACGACAUGUUAGAUACCCCUACCAAUUGGGAAGAACUAUACGCCAGUGGCCCUGCAAAUUAUGCUGGUGGCUCACUAGCAUGGAAUGCUACCGGCAAGGCUGGACAGGAAAUGAGGCGAAAGCUGGGCUGGCCCAUCGCGGGCGCGGCAGGUCAGGCAAAUGCGAAGAUGGGUUCGGCACGGGCCUAA